CUCCAGAUUGUUUAAGACUUGAUCUACUCCUGCCAGUGGCACGUGUGGGGCUGUGGCCUUGUGACCCAGAGUUCCUGCUGCCCACAGUAUCCACUGCCCACCCCAGGGCAGCCGGCCGCUGCCCAGGGCCUCCCAGUACCACUCAGCUCCAUAAAGCCUGUGUCAGGGUCCCAGGAUAUGGGGUGUGCGGGUCUCAUGCUGCCCGAGGGUCACUGCCCCAGCCACAACGCUGGGGUGGCUCCACCCAGCCUCUUCCUCCUGCCGUCUGCGCUGACUCACCACCCGAGCCAGGGCUCCUGCCCCAGAUCCCAGCCAGGCAUCAAAGGCAUCUAUAAAAGCAGACUGGUUCAGGCCCCAGCAUCCUGCUUGAUCACCACCUGUCGCCACACAAUGUUGGGAGGCCUGGGGAAGCUUGCCGCCGAGGGUCUGGCCCACCGCACCGAGAAGGCCACCGAGGAAGCUGUUGACGUCGUGGAGGGAGUGGUGAAGGAGGUGGUGGAGCCUGCCAAGGAGGCUGGAGAGAACGGAUUAACUUCCAGAGGUGACGUUAUUAUAAGUGUCAAAGGGCAGGAACUCUUUAAUAAGUCUUCGGCAUUGUCAUCAGAAUAAAGGUACAACUGCUUCACAACAGACAUGCAAAAUAAAGGGACUUCCCUGGUGGUCCAGUGGUGGAGAAUCUGUCCUGCAAUGCAGGGCACGCGGGUUUGAUCCCUAGUCAGGGAACUAAGAUCCCACAUGCUGCGAGGCAACUAAGCCUGCACACCGCAACUACUGAGCCUGAGCGCCUCAACUAGAGAGCCUGCGUGCAGCAAACUACAGAGCCCACACGCUCUGGAGCCUGCGCGCCACAACUACAGUGCCCACACACCCUGCAGCCUGCGUGCCACAACUAGAGAGAAGCUCGCGAGCCACAGCCAAGAGCCUGUGCGCUGCAACAAAAGAUCCCGCAUCCCGCAACUAAGACCCGACGCAGCCAAAAAUAAAAAAUA